GGCAAGAGGUGCAGGACGAGAAUUAUGAAUUGGUGCAUGCAUUAAAAAUUUUAUGGAAUUUGGGGAGAGGCUUAGAUAACUCUUUUAAGUUACUCGAAAAAUUUAAGAAAUCACAUUGGCGCAAUACCUCGUUGCAUUCACGAUCGUCGAUAUUGAAAGACUAUGUUGGUAAUGUAAACGAGAGUUCACCAUUGAAUCCAACCGGUAAAAGAGCUCGAAUAAAUAAAUCCUCAUUCUUUUACACCUAA